UGAGUUGCACCUGUCAUGAGCCAUUUCCUCAUCUGCCAUUUGCCUGUGUUCCAAGAUCCCCCUUGAGGAAACAGCACCGACUGCGCGGCGCGGGCUGCGCAUUUACCUGCUUAUAUAGGAUUUUGCAUUCCCUUGUUCUUCUCUUAUUAGAUUCGUGUUACAGGUUAGCCUUGGCUAGCGGUUAGCACGCCUCGUUGAAAUUCAAUUUGUCGGAAUGGGGGGUGUGACGCUGUACGGCCAUCCGCAGUCACCAUAUGUGCGUCGCGCGCUCAUGGCGUUCUACGAGAUGGGCGUCCAGGAUUUCGAUUUCAAGGUGGUGAGCUCGUCCAAGGGCGACACCAAAACGGACGAGUACCUCGCCAUGAACCCCUUCGCCAAGAUGCCUCUUCUAGAUGAUAACGGCCAGUACCUCUACGAGUCGCGCGCCAUCAUGCGGUACAUAGCAGAGAAGCACGCGGGGGAGAGCAGCUCCGACCUGGUGGGCAAAGAUCCUUUGGAGCGCGCGCUGGUCAACCAGUGGGUGGACGUGGAGGGGCACAGCGUGACGGAGCAGGUGGUCGUGGUGGUGGAGGAGAACUUUCUCAAGAAACUCAUGGGCACGGGCGAGCCGGACAAGGACAGGGCGGACGCUGCUAAGGAGAAGCUGGCUCGGCUGUUUGACGUCUAUGAGAAGCACCUGGAGGGGCGGGAGUACCUGGUGGGGGGGCGGUUCACCCUGGCGGACCUCACGCACCUGCCCUACACCGAGCUGCUGCCCCACGCCGGCGCCGCGGAGCUCAUAUCCAGCCGGCCCAACAUGUCCAAGUGGUGGGAGCGCAUCUCCUCGCGGCCCGCCUGGAAGAAGGUGCAGCAGCUGGAGGCGAAGCUCUCGUGACGGCCACUGUUAUGCUCACAACCCAUCUCCUGGUUGGGCAGCCAUGCUGCCUGUGAGCUGUAAUGGUGGUGCCAUGUUGGCCUGCUUGUCUCAUCCAGGAAGUUGAGAAAUCCUAGGAAAAAAGCCAUAGUAGUUACAAGGUUAAAACAUGGGAAUUCUUAAGGUUAUUGUGUCAAACUGCAAAAAACGCAGCAAUCCCACUGGAAGAGAGAACUUGAGAUUGCUUAGACCGAACACCUUGUCAACUUAUACAUAUGUUUAUAUGUAGAAGGUAUAGGCUAGAUAGGUUUGUGUUCUUAGAG